UGCUAGGGAGAUAGUGGCAGGGAUUGAGUGCUGUCGGGUGGUGCUGGUGCAUGAUCCAUCACAAAUCCAUGGAGGGGGCAAUGGGCAUUUGGCAGUGGGAGUGGGAGUGCACUGCAUGGACUAGUAAGUUUAAAUUCAGCGAGGCCAAUUACUAAGAUCGAGAUCGAUCAAGCAAGCUCAGGAGGCAGGAUAGGAUAAUUAAUGGAGCCCGGCCUUGCAGCAGCAUGGUCAUGGUCAUGGAUGCUGCUGCUGCUGCUGGCGCUCCUACUCCUUGCCUUGUCCUGCUCAUGGUGGAAGAGGCUACCCCAAUUAGCAGCAGAGGCGGCGGCGGCGGCUCCUCUUCCUCCUCCAGCUGCAGGUCCAGGAGCAGGAGGAGGAUCAUGGUUGAUGAGGUGGGUGUGGCAGUGGCGGGAGACGGCGGCCUUCCUGGCGGCGCACGGCAGCGGGCGGGGCUUCUACCACUUCGUCCACGCGCGCUACCUCCGCCACGGGCCCUGCUUCCGCACCGCGCUCUUGGGCCGCGUCCACGUCUUCCUCCCCGCCUCCGCCCCGGCCGCCUACCAGCUCCUCGCCGCGGAGCCGUCCCACUUCGCCAAGCGCUACGCCCGCACCGCCGCCGAGCUGCUCGGCGCCCACAGCAUCCUCUGCUGCUCCCACGUGGAGCACCGCCUCGCGCGGCGCGCCGUGGCCACGCUCUUCUCCAUGCCAUCCACCGCAGCCUUCACCGCGACCUUCGACCGGCUGGCGAGCGACGUGAUCGUGGGGCAGUGGAGGCCGAGGAAUGGAGACGACACAGCAACGGUGCAGGUGGUGGCGCUGGACGCCGCUCUGGAGAUAAGCUACGGGGCCAUCUGCGAGAUGCUGGUGGGGAAGAAGAAUAGGCUGGAGCGGGUGCGGGGCGAGGUGUUCGCGGUGACGCAGGCCAUGCUGGCGCUGCCGCUGCGGUGGGUGCCUGGGUCGCGGUUCCGCAGGGGGCUGGAGGCGAGGAAGCGCAUCAUGGCGGCGCUGAGGGAGGAGAUGGCGGCGAGACAGCAUGAGCAUGAUCAGCAUGGUGGGGACUUGCUGAGCGUGCUGAUGCAGAGGAGGAGGCAGAGGCAUCAUCAUCCGGACGCCCUGACGACGGAGGAGCAGAUUCUGGACAACAUUCUGACGCUGAUCAUCGCCGGGCAGGUUACGACGGCCACCGCCAUCACCUGGAUGCUCAAGUAUUUGAGCGACAACCGCCAUAUCCAGGACAAGCUACGAGCAGAGGCAGUUGGGGUGGAGCUCAAAAACAACCAGGCUGGUCUUGUUACGAUGCAAGACCUAAACGGCAUGGAGUACGCCUACAAGGCAGUCAAAGAAUCCUUGAGGAUGGCCACCAUUGUUUCUUGGUUUCCCAGACUAGCGCUCGACGACUGCCACCUUGCAGGCUUUCAGAUUAGAAAGGAUUGGAUUGUAAAUAUUGACGCCAGGUCUCUCCACUACGACCCAGCGGUUUUCGACAACCCAACCGUCUUUGAUCCUUCUAGGUUCAACGAAGAGGGAUCAGAUGAUGAGACAGUGAAGAAGAAGAAGAAGAAGAAGGGGCCAUCGGCAGCACAACAGAGGCGGCUGUUAGUGUUUGGAGCAGGCAGCAGGACAUGCCUGGGGAUGAACCUCGCUAAGAUCAUGAUGCUCGUCUUCCUCUACCGCCUUCUCACCAAUUUCAGAUGGGAGAUGGCAGACGACGACACAAGUCUUGAGAAAUGGGCAAUGUUCCCCAGGUUAAAGAACGGAUGCCCAAUUCGGCUCACACCGAUCAACUCCUCCAGUCAGAUCCCCCGGGAAAGUUGAACAAGAGAUCGAUGGGAGUAGCUAGUUCUGAUGCCUCAAUCAGAUUAAUUAGAAGAUGCAUUCUAUGCUGCUACAGCUUCAUUCAAACAAGAAGAUAUCAUAUGAUCAGGGCUGUUUAAUUAGUUAUGAGUGCUGUUAAUUAUAUUCAGGAAUAAAAAUGUAUAAUCGUACCACUUAAUUAAUUGAUAUGCUAGCGAGUGAAUUCGGAGGAAGGAAGGACAUUUAUUUAUAAAUAUCAGAACUAUAUAUACGAAGGAAUAAUAUCUAACAUGGUGAUGUGUGGAUCAACUGACACACUGCUUGUUUAUUACUUAGUAUAUUUGUAUAAAUAU